GAGAGCAUGGAGCUGGUGUACAACAAGUCUAAACCGGUGGCUGUAACAGGCAUGGCGUUCCCAACUGGAGACGUCAAUAAUUAUGUGGUGGGGAGUGAGGAGGGAACCGUGUACACCGCAUCCAGACACGGCAGGUCAGAGGAACACUCACUCACACACACCAACACACCAACACACACACACACACACACACACACACACACACACACACACACACACACACACACACACACACUGAGACACACAAACAGGCACGGAGACACUGACACACACACACACACACACACACACACACACACACACACACACACACACACACACACACACACACACACACACACACACACUGAGACACACAAACAGGCCUGGAGACACUGACACACACACACACACACACACACACACACACACACACACACUGAGACACACAAACAGGCAUGGAGACACUGACACACACACACACACACACACGAACACUCACACAGGUAGACACUGAGACAAACUGACACCUGUACUUUCAGUGAUUGAUAUACAACCAGAAAUAGCAAGUGAACCCAUGUAUAGUUACAGACGAAUGUGUACACACACACACUAUAAGCUUCAUAUUUUGAUGAAGUGUAUCUCAGCUAUAAGCUCCUGUUACCAAUUGAACAUGCUAUUAGGACCUAGUUCCCCCCAAAUAGUAUCCUUGGUUCUCUCUGACACGCUCUCUCUCUCUCUCUCUCUCUCUCUCUCUCUCUCUCUCUCCCAUGCUCCUUUGCAGCAAGGCGGGGAUCUGUGAGAUGUUCGAGGGCCACCAGGGGCCCGUGACGGGCCUCAGCUGUCACAACGCUGUCGGCCCUGUAGACUUCUCCCAUCUCUUCGUCACCUCGUCGUUCGACUGGACUGUCAAACUGUGGAGCACCAAGGUAGAGGGACCUGUUUGUGUCUAAACUAGGCGUUACCUACCUGUCCUGACUGAGUAGAGGAAUGCAACAGACAGAGUGACUGUCAGUGUCACAGACUGUGUUUGUGAUUCAAAUAGGAUUACUUUUUGAAUUUGUUCACUGAGUCAAAAAAGAGGAGCUAAAUAAAUACAUAGAUACAUUAGGAGGGAUGGAGGGAGGAGGGAGGGAGGUUACGUGUCCGUGGCAGUGAGCCGACUGGACUGGAGUGGACUGUGGAUGGAAGGAGCGAAGGAUGAAUGAAGAAAGGGAAAGAAGGGAUGGAGGGAUGUAGAGAACAGGAGGAGAACGGGAGGAGAACGGGAGGAGUGAGGCUGUUGACUGGGGUUUAAACCACAGAGAGGCAGCGGUGGCCAGGGAGGCUGCAGACUGCUGUGGAACUCCUCUCUCUCCCAUUCUGGCCUUUCUGUCUGGAGACAGAGGAGCGCACCACAACCACCACAGAGACGGACAGAGGGAGGGAGAGAGGGAGGGAAGGAAGCAGGGGUGAGGGACGGAUAAAGGGAGAGGGAAAAAGUAAAGAAGUGAUGGGAUAAGAGAGAGAGAGGGACUGGGUAACAUACAGUAUAUAGGCGGGAGGGAGGGGUGCGAGAAAGAAAGAGCAAAGGAGAGAGAAGAAAGUGAGAAAGUUCUUGAAAAAAAGAGAGGGAGAGUUGAAGUUAAAUUAGGAAAAUCCAGCUGGCUGGAAGGGUUGGUUUAGGAAGAGGAGAAGAGAAGAGGAGAGGAAAUAGACCCCAUCAUAAGACUCACUCCACUGAACAAAAAUAUAAACGCAACAUGUAAAGUGUUGGUCCCAAGUUUCAUGAGCUGAAAUAAAAGAUCCCAGAAAUGUUACAUACGCACAAAAAGCUUUUUUAUUUCAAAUUGUGUGCACACAUUUGUUUACAUCCCUGUUAGUGAGCAUCCCUUGUGCUGGGGACAAUAAAAGGCCACUUUAAAAUGUGCAGUUUUGUCACACAACACAAUGCCACAGAUGUCUCAAGUUUUGAGGGAGCGUGCAAUUGGCAUGCUGACUGCAGGAAUGUCUACCAGAGCUGUUGCCAGAUAAUUUAAUGUUAAUUUAUCUACCAUAAGCCGCCUCCAACGUUGUUUUAGAGAAUUUGAAAGUAUGUCCAACCUACCUCACAACAGCAGACCACGUGUAACCAUGCCAGCCCAGGACCUCAACAUCCGGCUUCUUCACCUGCGGGAUCGUCUGAGACCAGCCACCUGGACAGCUGAUGAAACUGUGGGUUUGCACAACUGAAGAAUUUCUGCACAAACUGUCAGAAACCAUCUCAGGGAAGCUCAUCUGCGUGCUCGUCGUCCUCACCAGGGUCUUGACCUGACUGCAGAUGGCGUCGUUACCGACUUCAGUGGGCAAAUGCUCACCUUCGAUGGCCACUGGUACGCUGGAGCUGGAGAAGUGUGCUCUUCACGGAAGAAUCCCGGUUUCAACUGUACCUUGAAACCGGCCAGAUGGCAGGUAUGGUGUCAUGUGGGCGAGCGGUUUGCUGAUGUCAACGUUGUGAACAGAGUGCCCCAAGGUGGCGGUGAGGUUAUGAUAUGGGCAGGCAUAAGCUACGGACAACAAACACAAUUGCAUUUUAUUGAUGGCAAUUUGAAUGCACAGAGAUACCGUGACGAGAUCCUGAGGCCCAUUGUCGUGCCAUUCAUCCGCCGCCAUCACCUCAUGUUUCAGCAUGAUAAUGCACGGCCCCAUGUUGCAAGGAUCUGUACACAAUUCCUGGAAGCUGAAAAUGUUCCAGUUCUUCCAUGGCCUGCAUACUCACCAGACAUGUCACCCAUUGAGCAUGUUUGGGAUGCUCUGGAUCGACGUGUACGACAGCGUGUUCCAGUUCCCACCAAUAUCCAGCAACUUCGCACAGCCAUUAAAGAGGGGUGGGACAACAUUCCACAGGCCACAAUCAACAAAUGGUGGUCACACCAGAUACUGACUGGUUUUCUGAUCCACGCCCCUGCCUUUUUAUUAAGGUAUCUGUUACUAACAGAUGCAUAUCUGUAUUCCCAGUCAUGUGAAAUCCAUAGAUUAGGGCCUAAUGAAUUUAUUUCAGUUGACUGAUUUCCUUAUAUGAACUGUAACUCCAUAAAAUCUUUGAAAUUGUUGAAUGUUGCGUUUAUACUUUUGAAAACCAAAAUAAACCAAACCCCAAAUAAAAAAGAGACACUAAUAAAAUCUAUAUUUUAUCAGGCUGGAUGCAUUUGAUAUACAGUAAACAGGAACAUUUUACAAAUGUUGAAUGUGUGACAUACACUGAACAGGAACACUCCGAUAGUGCAAAUGUAUGUAUUAUUCAGUGAUAUGUUCAAAGUGUAGAUGCACCAAGUUAUUAUAAAAUAUUAAAACAUUCUGCAGUUAUUUUUCUGGAUCAGGGAAUUCCCUUCUCUUAGAGGGGUGCCACAGGAAUGUGUGUCUGUCUCCUGUCCCUGUGUGUGUGUGUGUGUGUGUGUGUGUGUGUGUGUGUGUGUGUGUGUGUGUGUGUGUGUGUGUGUGUGUGUGUGUGUGUGUGUGUGUGCGUGCGUUCUUGAGUGUGUGUUGUGUGUGUACAUGAGUGUGUGUGUGGUUGUGGGUACACCUUAGCUGGCUAACCUUUGCUUACCUAAGGUUACCCUAGAGGUUUACCUUCACCUUGCCAAUCAACGCCAUCAAACGACACACUGAGUUCAAAAAGGCCGGAAUGCAAAAGUCUGAAUGUGUUUUUACAUUCAGAGACGCAAAUAUUAUGGUUAUGAAAACAUGUGGGUUGUGAGCUGCUUGACUCUGAUGUUCACAGGGAGACGUCUAGAGACUGAGGGCGCAUAACUUAACUGUCUCUGUCUAGUUAUGACCUUAGAAAACAGUUUCUGUGUCUGAAAUAGCACCAUACAGUGUACUAGUAAUGUGCAAUAUGGGCAUUCUAUUCCCUAUAUAGUGCACUAGACUAUGGAAUAGGGGUUAUGAAAUAGCUGUGCUCAUACAUGCUAGGUACAUGCAGCUUAUUGAUCAUUAUUAUAGUAAUUGUCUCUCUGGCUUGAUUGCGUGAGAGAGAAUGAAGGAAGCCUACUCAUCAUAAGAUCUUCAUUCCACUACUUGGCCUAGUUUAACCUGAUGUCCUUAGCCAGAUCACAUUCAUAAAGUACUUCAUAAUGACUUCUCUGCCCCUUCUCUGUUUCCCAGCAGUUGUAGGAUGUGUCCCAAAUGGCACCCUAUUCCCUAUAUAUGGCUGUGGUUAAAAGUAGUGCACUAAAUAGGGAAUAAGGUCAUUUAAGAUGCAGCCGUAGACUUGGUGAGAAUGGAACAACUGGAAUAAAGGCAGACCAGGAUUCUCUCUGUUGGAACUCCAGUUUGGAAUCUAAAGGCCAGGAUUCUCUGUUGGAACUCCAGUUUGGAAUCUACAGACCAGAAUUCUCUUUGUUGGAACUCCAGUUUGGAAUCUACAGGCCAGGAUUCUCUUUGUUGGAACUCGAGUUUGGAAUCUACAGGCAAGGAUUCUCUCUGUUCAAACUUGAGUUUGGAAUCUACAGACCUGGAUUCUCUCUGUUGGAACUCCAGUUUGGAAUCUACAGACCAGGAUUCUCUCUGUUGGAACUCCAGUUUGGAAUCUACAGGCCUGGAUUCUCUCUGUUGGAACUCCAGUUUGGAAUCUACAGGCCAGGAUUUUCUGUUGGAAUUCCGGUUUGGAAUCUACAGGCCAGGAUUCUCUCUGUUGGAACUACAGUUUGUCUUUUGAAUUUAUUUUGAGAAACAUGAGUUUGGCCAGAGUCUGUGGCUUCAGGCUCAUGUGAUGGUGCCUGGAGAGCAGGUCAGCAGUAGGUAGGCCUAAAGGAUUUUAGGGAAAAUAACCUAAUCAAAAUGGAUAGCUCCUUGAAAGUGGGAAUAUGCCAGGCCUAUUGGGCCAAAAUCAAUGAUGGGCUAUUGUAUAGAUCAGGGCUGCCCAACCCUCUUCCUGGAGAGCUACCGUCCUGUGGGUUUUCAGUCCAACCCUAAUUUAACACACCUGAUUCUACUUAUUAGCUGCUCAACAAGACCUUAACUAGCUGAAUCAGAUAUGCUAAAUUAGGGUUGGACUGAAAACCUACAGGACAGUAGAUCUCCAGGAAGAGGGUUGGGCAGCCCUGGUAUAGAUAAUAGAACAAAAAUGAAUGAAACUUUUAAGAGAUCUGAUUUUUUGUUUAUAAAUACUUUGCUAAAAUGACACACUUAGUUAUCUACCCACCUUGUUCCUUUCUGUUAGCAUGUGCACGUAGUAAGGACACCAUAAUGCCUUCAGGAUAAGUGUCUUUUCAGAUUCCACAAUGAUUCUUUAGUUGUGGACACUACAUCACUGCACUCCUUCUCUUGCUUUUGGUCCUCAUCAUUGUAAGUCACCUUGAUUUUGCACCUGUGUGUUUUAUCAUUUUCUUUAUGAAAAGAUUUAGCGAACUCCAUGACAGUAGCUAAAGCAAGGGGCUAUAGCAACACACAAGCCGAGAAGGCCGACUCUCCAGCCUUUGGGAAUCUCGCUCCGCGCCCCAGUCAAAUUGGGCACGCUCCAGUCAAAUUGGACACGCUCCGCUACUCGCUCCGCUCCAGCUCCACUCCGCUCACAUACUCUGCUGUAGACUGAGCCUAAUAAGGCAUUUUUCAUUUAAUUUGUAUUUAAUUAUAAGUAAGUCACAGCCUUUAUGCUCAAUGUAUAGACUAUAAUGAUUUAAUACAACAAAAUGUUGUUUAAAUGCUGAGCGCUUUAUGUCCCUACCAGCCUAUUGUGUUGCACUCGCAAAUGCUUCACAAUGUAUUUAUUUGUAGGCUACAGGCUUGAAAUAAUUGAAAUAAUAUAGCUUAAAUAAUUCAUUUUCAUUCCUUCUUAGGCUCCCUGUCUGGCUUCUGACCUAUUUGGAGUGUUUAUAUGCUGUAUAAUACGACCUAUUUGAAAUGAUGAGCGCUUCUUACAUUCACCUUUUUAUGUUUAUUAAAAUAUUUUUCAUUAAAAUCAUAUGGUUUGGUUUCAAUACUUCAAAACCAAAUGGUAGGUCCAGGUAGUCACAGCAAUAGGUGGGUGUUGGUUAAAUUGUGAUUUUAAUGAGAGAAUUCGGAUCGUCAUUUUUUUUUUUUUAUGAGCGCGGAGCUGUUUUUAGCGGAGCGGUUGGAAAGGAUGUGGAGCAAGCACCACUCCAUGAGCGAUGAGCGGGAUUUCCGACCGCUCAACUCCGCUCACAUGCUCUGUUGGAACUCCAGUUUGGAAUCUACAGUUUGGAAUCUACAGUUUGGAAUCUACAGGCCUGUUCCCUCUGUUGGAACUCCAGUUUGGAAUCUACAGUUUGGAAUCUACAGGCCUGUUCCCUCUGUUGGAACUCCAGUUUGGAAUCUACAGUUUGGAAUCUACAGGCCUGUUCUCUCUGUUGGAACUCCAGUUUGGAAUCUACAGUUUGGAAUCUACAGGCCUGUUCUCUCUGUUGGAACUCCAGUUUGGAAUCUACAGUUUGGAAUCUACAGGCCUGUUCUCUCUGUUGGAACUCCAGUUUGGAAUCUACAGUUUGGAAUCUACAGGCCUGUUCUCUCUGUUGGAACUCCAGUUUGGAAUCUACAGUUUGGAAUCUACAGGCCUGUUCUCUCUGUUGGAACUCCAGUUUGGAAUCUACAGUUUGGAAUCUACAAUCAAUCAAUCAAAUCUAUUUAUACAUCAGAAGAUGUCACAAAGUGCUAUACAGAAACUCAGCCUAAAACCCCAAACAGCAAGCAAUGCAGAUGUAGAAGCAGGAACCUAGGAAGAAACCUAGAGAGGAACCAGGCUCUGAAGGGUGGCCAGUCCUCUUCUGGCUGUGCCGGGUGGAGAUUAUAAGAGUACAUGGCCAUUUAAGGCCAGAUUGUUCUUCAAGAUGUUCAAACGUUCAUAGAUGACCAGCAGGGUCAAAUAAUAAUAUGUGGUUGUAGAGGGUGCAACAGGUCAGUACCUCAGGAGUAAAUGUCAGUUGGCUUUUCAUAGCUGAGCAUUCAGAGGUCGAGACAGCAGGUAGGGUACAAGGUAGCAUAUCCGGGUUCCCUAGCCGCAGGCAGAACAGUUGAAACUGGAGCAGCAGCACGACCAGGUGGACUGGGGACAGCCUGGAGUCAUCAGGCCAGUUAGUCCUGAGGCAUAAUCCUAGGCCUCAGGUCCUCCGGGAGGGGAGGGAGAGAGGGAGAGAAUUAGAGGGAGCAUUCUUCAAUUCACACAGGACACCAGAUAAGACAGGAGAAUUACACCAGAUAUAACAGACUGACCCUAGCCCCCUGGCACAUAGACUAUUGCAGCAUAGAUACUGGAGACUGAGACAGGGGUGGGUCGGGGGACACUGUGGCCCCGUCUGACGAUACCCCCGGACAGGGCCAACCAGGCAGGAUAUAACCCCACCCACUUUGCCAAAGCACAGCCCCCACACCACUAGAGGGAUACCAACAGACCACCAACUUAUUACCCUGAGACAGGCCUGUUCUCUCUGUUGGAACUCCAGUUUGGAAUCUACAUUUUGGAAUAUACAGGCCGGUUCUCUCUGUUGGAACUCCAGUUUGGAAUCAGUUUGGAAUCUACAGCAAAUGUCAGAAUUGCAAAAUCCUGGAGGGACUGCUAUAUGUCUCAGAAAUUAGAAGUCUGACAAACAGAGAGCGAGGGGUGGAGAGAGAGGGAGGGAGAGAGAGGGAUGAGUCACUCAGCCCAUAGAAUGAUAGAAAAGGAAGAUGAAGAAAACGGUGACCUACCUUUAUCAUGGUGUUGAUGGCAGGCAAACAGUUUCAAUUCAGGCUUGAAAUUGGUUCUCUCAAGGUUUGCAGCGGGGUGUGUGUGUGUAUUAGUAGUAGGAGGCUGUGGUCAGGUGUGUAUGUAUUAGUAGUAGGAGGAUGUGGUCAGGUGUGUAUGUCUUCCUGUCCCUUCCCUUGGGAGAGGGAAGGGGCUGGGAAAGGAGAGAGAGAGGAGAGGAGAGGAGAGGAGAGGAGAGGAGAGGAGAGGAGAGGAGAGGAGAGGAGAGGAGAGGAGAGGAGAGGAGAGGAGAGGAGAGGAGAGGAGAGGUGUUUAUUUAUUUUCCAUUUUGUACUUGAACUAUUUGCACAUAAUAUGACAUUUGAAAUGUCUUUAUUAUUUUGGAACUUUUGUGAGUGUAAUGUUUACUGUUAAUUUUUGUAUUGUUUAUUUCACUUUUGUUUAUUAUCUAAAUUAUUUCACUUGCUUUGGCAAUGUAAACAUGUUUCCCAUGCCAAUAAAGCCCUUUGAAUUGAAUUGAAAUUGAAUUGAAAGGGAGGGGAGGAGGGGAGAGACAGAGCACAUUCCUCCCAAGCAGUCUGUCAGCCUGACUCCCUCUCCCAACCUGUCUCAGCCCAUCCUACCUGACUCCCACUCCCUACCUGUCUCAGCCCAUCCUACCUGACUCCCACUGGCUACCUGUCUCAGCCCAUCCUACCGGACUCCCACUCCCUACCUGUCUCAGCCCAUCCUACCUGACUCCCACUCCCUACCUGUCUCAGCCCAUCCUACCUGACUCCCACUGGCUACCUGUCUCAGCCCAUCCUACCUGACUCCCACUCCCUACCUGUCUCUGCCUACCUGACUCUUUCCUACUCCCUACCUGUCUCCGCCUACCUGACUCUUUCCUACUCCCUACCUGUCUCCGCCUACCUGACUCUUUCCUACUCCCUACCUGUCUCCGCCUACCUGACUCUUUCUUACUCCCUACCUGUCUCCGCCUACCUGACUCUUUCUUACUCCCUACCUGUCCAGAAUGCAUUUAGCAACCCUCUGGAAUUCUCUCUGACAGGCAUAGGAGGAGGAGGGGAUGGAUUCUCCAUCUCUCUCGCUCUUUCUCUCCCUUUCUGUCUCUUCUCUCUCUCUGCUCCCUCCCUUUUAUGCCCCCUCACAUCUGUCUCUGUCUUUCUCCGUCUCUCUCUCUUCCCACUCUUUCUCUCCCUCUGUUUGUUCUUUUAUUCUUCCCCUCAGACAGCUGUUCCACUAAGGUUACAGUACACCUUUGGAGAGGGAGACUUUCAUGUCUUAGUUUUUUUACGACACUGUGUGAAUGUGCAAAGCUUUUUAAUUAUGCCCUUCACAGACAGACCCCAAGGCUGCAGUGGGGCCACACUGCCUUUUUCUCCCUCUAUCUCUACCCCCCCCCCCCCCCCCCCCCCCCCCCCCUCUCUCUCGCUCUCUCUCUCGUGCUCUCUCUAUCUCUCUCUCUCUAUCCCCCCCUCUCUCUCUAUCACCCCUCUCUCUCUAUCCUAUCUCUCUCAUCAAAUCAAAUCAAAUCAAAUUGUAUUUGUCGCAUGUGCCGAAUACAACAGGUGUAGACCUUACAGUGAAAUGCUUACUUACAAGCCCUUAAACAACAAUGCAGUUUUAAGAAAGAAUACCAAAAUAAAAUAAAAAUAAAAUACAAUAUAAAAUAAUAAGAAAUAAAAGUAACAAAUAAUUAAAGAGCAGCAGUAAAAAUAACAAUAGCGAGGCUAUAUACAGGGGGUACCGGUACCGAGUCAAUGUGCGGGGGCACCGGUUAGUCGAGGUAAUUGGGGUAAUAUGUACAUGUAGGUAGAGUUAUUAAAGUGACUAUGCAUAGAUAAUAAACAGAGUAGCAGCAGCGUAAAAGAGGGGUGGGGGGCAAUGCAAAUAGUCUGGGUAGCCAUUUGAUUAGAUGUUCAGGAGUCUUAUGGCUUGGGGGUAGAAGCUGUUUAGAAGCCUCUUGGACCUAGACUUGGCGCUCCGGUACCGCUUGCGGUGGCAGUGAGAACAGUCUAUGACUAGGGUGGCUGGAGUCUUUGACAAUUUUUAGGGCCUUCCUCUGUCACCGCCUGGUAUAGAGAUCCUGGAUGGCAGGAAGCUUGGACCCAGUGAUGUACUGGGCCGUACGCACUACCCUCUGUAGUGCCUUGCGGUCGGUUGCCGAGCAGUUGCCAUACCAGGAGGUGAUGCAACCAGUCAGGAUGCUCUCGAUGGUGCAGCUGUAGAACCUUUUGAGGAUCUGAGGACCCAUGCCAAAUCUUUUCAGUCUCCUUAGGGGGAAUAGGUUUUGUCGUGCCCUCUUCACGACUGUCUUGGUGUGCUUGGACCAUGUUAGUUUGUUGGUGAUGUGGACACGAUGAGAAUGGGGGCAUGCUCGGUCCUCUUCUUUUUCCUGUAGUCCACAAUCAUCUCCUUUAUCUUGAUCACGUUGAGGGAGAGGUUGUUGUCCUGGCAACACACGGCCAGGUCUCUGACCUCCUCCCUAUAGGCUGUCUCAUCGUUGUCGGUGAUCAGGCCUACCACUGUUGUGUUAUCGGCAAACUUAAUGAUGGUGUUGGAGUCGUGCCUGACCAUGCAGUCAUGAGUGAACAGGGAGUACAGGAGGAGACUGAACACGCACCCCUGAGGGGCCCCCGUGUUGAGGAUCAGAGUGGCGGAUGUGUUGUUACCUACCCUUACAACUUGGGGGCGGCCCGUCAGGAAUUCCAGGAUCCAGUUGCAGAGGGAGGUGUUUAGUCCCAGGGUCCUUAGCUUAGUGAUGAGCUUUGAGGGCACUAUGGUGUUGAACGCUGAGCUGUAGUCAAUGAAUAGCAUUCUCACAUAGGUGUUCCUUUUGUCCAGGUGUGAAAGGGCAGUGUGGAGCGCAAUAGAGAUUGCAUCAUCUGUGGAUCUGUUGGGGCAAUAUGCAAAUUGGAGUGGGUCUAGGGUUUCUCGGAUAAUGGUGUUGAUGUGACCAGCCUUUCAAACCACUUCAUGGCUACAGACGUGAGUGCUACGGGUCGAUAGUCAUUUAGGCAGGUUACCUUAGUGUUCUUGAGCACAGGGACUAUGGUGGUCUGAUUGAAACAUGUUGGUAUUACAGACUCAGACAGGGAGAGGUUGAACAUGUCAGUGAAGACACUUGCCAGUUGGUCAGCACAUGCUCUGAGUUCACGUCCUGGUAAUCCGUCUGGCCCUGCGGCCUUGUGAAUGUUGACCUGUUUAAAGGUUUUACUCACAUCGGCUACGGAGAGCGUGAUCACACUGUCAUCCGGAACAGCUGAUGCUCUCAUGCAUGUUUCAGUGAUACUUGCCUCGAAGCGAGCAUAGAAGUGAUUUAGCUCGUCUGGUAGGCUCGUGUCACUGGGUAGCUCGCGGCUGUGCUUCACUUUGUAGUCUGUAAUAGUUUGCAAGCCCUGCCACAUCCGACGUGCAUCGGAGCCGAUGUAGUACGAUUCGAUCUUAGUCCUGUAUUGACGCUUUGCCUGUUUGAUGGCUCGUCUGAGGGCAUAGCGGGAUUUCUUAUAAGCUUCCGGGUUAGAGUCCCGCUCCUUGAAAGCAGCAGCUCUACCCUUUAGUUCAGUGCGGAUGUUGCCUGUAAUCCAUGGCUUCUGGUUGGGGUAUGUACGUACAGUUACGGUGGGGACGACGUUAUCGAUGCACUUAUUGAUGAAGACAGUGACUGAUGUGGUGUACUCCUCAAUGCCAUCGGAAAAAUCCCGGAACAUAUUCCAGUCUGUGCUAACAAAACAGUCCUGUAGCUUAGCAUCUGCUUCAUCUGAGCACUUUUUUAUUGACCGAGUCACUGGUGCUUCCUGCUUUAGUUUUUACUUGAAAGCAGGAAUCAUGAGGAUAGAAUUAUGGUCAUAUUUUCCAAAUGGAGGGCGAGGGAGAGCUUUGUACGCGUCUCUGUGUGUGGAGUGAAGGUGGUCUAGAGUUUUUUUCCCCUCUGGUUGCAUAUUUAACAUGCUGGUAGAAAUUAAGUCAAACGGAUUUAAGUUUCCCUGCCUUAAAGUCCCCGGCCACUAGGAGCGCCGCCUCUGGAUGAGCAUUUUCUUGUUUGCUUAUGGCCGUAUACAGUUAAUUGAGUGUGGUCUUAGUGCCAGCAUCGGUUUGUGGUGGUAAAUAGACAGCUACGAAAAAUAUAGAUGAAAACUCUCUUGGAAGAUAGUGUGGUCUACAGCUUAUCAUGAGAUACUCUACCUCAGGUGAGCAAAACCUCGAGACUUCCUUAGAUAUCGUGCACCAGCUGUUUUUUACAAAUAUACAUAGACCGCCACCCCUUGUCUUACCAGAGGCUGCCGUUCUAUCCUGCCGAUACAGUGUAUAACCCGCCUGCUGUAUGUUAUUCAUGUCAUCGCUCAGCCACGACUCAGUGAAACAUAAGAUAUUACAGUUUUUAAUGUCCCGUUGGUAGGAUAUUCGUGCCUGUAGUUCGUCCAUUUUAUUAUCAAGCGAUUGUAAAUUGGCCAAUAGUAUCGAUGGCAAAGGCAGAUUAGCGACUAGUCUAAGGCUCCUUACCAAGCACCCCGAUCUCCUUCCGCGAUAUCUCCUUUUCUUUCUACUGCGAAUGACGGUGAUGAGGGCCCUGUCGGGUGUCUGGAGCAAAUCCCUCUCGUCCAGUUCAAGGUGAGUAAUCGCUGUUCUGAUGUCCAGAAGCUCUUUUCGGUCAUAAGAGACGGUAGCAGCAACAUUAUGUACAAAAUAAGUUAAAAACAAUGUGAAAAAAACACACAAAAUAGCACGGUUGGUUAAGAGUCCAUAUAACGGCAGCCAUCCCCUCUGGCAGCCAUCUCUCUCUCUCUUGCUCGCUCUCUCUCUCUCUCUCUGCCUCCCUCUCUCUGCCUCCCCUCUCUCUCUCUCUGUCUCUCUGUCUCUCUCUCUCUGUCUCUCUCUCUCUCUCUCUCUCUCUCUGCCUCCGUCUCUCUGCCUCCCCUCUCUCUCUCUCUCUGCCUCCCUCUCUCUGCCUCCCCUCUCUCUCUCUCUCUGCCUCCCUCUCUCUGCCUCCCCUCUCUCUCUCUCUGUCUCUCUGUCUCUCUCUCUCUCUCUCUGCCUCCCCUCUCUCUCUCUCUCUGUCUCUCUCUCUCUCUCUCUCUCUCUCUGUCUGCCCCCCCCCCUCUCUCUCAAUUCAAUGUUAACAUUGCCAAAGCAAGUGAAGUAGAUAGUAAACAAAAGUGAAAUAAACAAUAAAUAUUAACAGUAAACAUUACACUCAGAAGUUCAAAAAAAAUUAAGACAUUUCAAAUGUCAUAUUAUGUCUAUAUACAGUGUUGUAGCAAUGUGCAAAUAGUUAAAGUACAAAUGGGAAAAUAAAUAUACAUAAAUAUGGGUUGUAUUUACAAUGGUGUUUGUUCUUCGCUGGUUGCCCUUUUUUUGUUGCUGCUGUGAUGGCACACUGUGGUUUUUCACCCAGUAGAUAAGGGAGUUUAUCAAAAUUGGGUUUGUUUUCGAAUUCUUUGUGGAUCUCUGUAAUCUGAGGGAAAUAUGUGUCUCUAAUAUGGUCAUACAUUUGGCAGGAGGUUAGGAAGUGCAGCUCAGUUUCCACCUCAUUUUGUGGGCAGUGUGCACAUAGCCUGUCUUCUCUUGAGAGCCAGGUCUGCCUACGGCGGCCUUUCUCAAUAGCAAGGCUAUGCUCACUGAGUCUGUACAUAGUCAAAGCUUUCCUUAAGUUUGGGUCAGUCACAGUGGUCAGGUAUUCUGCCACUGUGUACUCUCUGUUUAGGGCCAAAAAGCAUUAUAGUUUGCUCUGUUUUUUGUUAAUUCUUUCCAAUGUGUCAAGUAAUUCUCUUUUUGUUUUCUCAUGAUUUGGUUGGUUCUAAUUGUGUUGUUGUUGCUGUCCUGGGGCUCUGUGGGGUCUGUUUGUGUUUGUGAACAGAGCCCCAGGACCAGCUUACUUAGGGGACUCUUCUCCAAGUUCAUCUCUCUGUAGGUGAUGGCUUUGUUAUGGAAGGUUUGGGAAUCGCUUCCUUUUAAGUGGUUAUAGAAUUUAACGGCUUAUUUCUGGAUUUUGAUAAUUAGCGGGUAUCAGCCUAAUUCUGCUCUGCAUGCAUUAUUUGGUGUUUUUCGUUGUACACUGAGGAUAUUUUAGCAGAAUUCUGCAUGCAGUGUCUCAAUUUGGUGUUUGUCCCAUUUUUCUGAAUUCUUGGUUGGUGAGCGGACCCCAGACCUCACAACCAUAAAGGGCAAUGGGUUCUAUAACUGAUUCAAGUAUUUUUAGCUAGAUCCUAAUUGGUAUGUGAAAUGUUAUGUUUCUUUUGAUGGCAUAGAAGGAACUUAUUGCCUGGUCUCUCAGAUAUAAUAUCUCUUAUAUAUCUUAUAUAUGAAUAGAUAUAGAUAUAUAAUUAAUAUAUAUAUAUUCUCUUCUAUAUAUAUAUAUAUAUAAUAUAUAUAUAUAUAUCUAAUAUAUAUAUAGAUAUAUAUCUAAUCUGACUACAUGUAUAUCUAUAUACCAAAACAACCUCAAUCUCUCGUAUAUGACCUCUAUAAUAGAUCUCUCUCACAAAAAUCUACUAGUAAUGAAUAACUGCUAUUAAUUGGGAAUACAGAUCGUAUAUACUAUAUAUAUAUAUUGACAUUCUAAAUAUAUAUAUAGGCAAGGAGACGAGUAAAGAUAGAUACGAGUAGAUAUGAAGAGUUAAUUGUCUAUCGAAUAUCAUAGAUAUAUAUUAUAUGAUAUAUUAUAUAUGAACUAACAUAUCUAUAUCUAUACAAAAAAUAUAUAGAUUGAAAAGAGCUCUCGCAUAUUCUAUACCAAAUAUCUAUAUGAAUAAUAAAUAUAUGAUUGACGACAUAUAUUAGAGAUAUGAUACUAUAGAUACUAUUAUAUCUAUAUAUAGGAAGUAAAAGAUAUCGGAUCGAAGAGAUAUAUCUGAAGGAAAUCUAAUAUACACGUAUAGAGAGAGAUAUAGUCGUGGAGGAUAGUAUAUGAUAUGAUAUAUCAGCGUAUAUAAUAUAAUAGAUAUCUCGAUUAGAUAUAUCUAUAUCAGAUAUAGAUAUAGACGUAGAGAUACGUAGUAUAGUCGAGAUAUCGCAUGAGAGCGACGUAAAUGAGCGAGAGAUAAAAAAACACUAGAUUCUCUCUGAACCAUCUCUCUCGCUCUCUAGCUAAACCCCCUCUCUCUAUCUUAUUACCGGCAUGAACCUCUCUCGGCCUCACUCUCCUCUCUCUCUCCUAUCUAUAGCCUCUACACUCUCGUCUCUUCUAUCCUUCUUGCUAUAUCCUCUGCAUCCCUCCUCUCUGCCUCUAUCUCCUGCUCCCAAUUUCUGCUCUCGUCCAUCUCUCUCUAUCUACCCGCGCCUAUGCCUACUCUAUCUCUAUCACAAUCUCUGCUUAUCUCUCGGGCUCUCCUCUUCGCCUCCCUCUAGGCAUACAUUCUAUCUAUCCUGGCUCCCUUUCUACCUCUCUGAACCAUCUAGACAACGAUAUGGCACCCCUCCCUCUCUCUCUCUAUAUUCUCAGCUGGUAUACCUGCGUACUAGAUCUCUUGCCCUAUCUCUCAAUAUAGCCUUAUCCGAGAUGAUAUUCGUAUCACGUCUAAUCGCGACUCCUCUCUCUAGCCUCUCUGCUCUCUAUCGUCUGAGCUCUCUCUCGCUGCCUCUCUCCUCAUCUCUCUCGCAGCCUCCUCCUCUCUGCAUCCCCUAUCUCUCGACCUCUCUCUUCUAUUGUCUCUCUUCUGCCUCCUUCUCUCUGCCUCCCUCUCGCUGCCUACCUCGCUCUCUCUCUCUCUCUCUCUCUCUCUCUCUCUCUCUCUCUCUGUCUCUCUCUCUCUCUCUCUCUCUCUCUCUCUCUCUCUCUGCCUCCCUCUCUCUCUCUCUCUCUCUCUCUCUCUCUCUCUCUGCCUCCCUCUUGUUCUCUCUAUCUCUCUCUCUCUCUCUGCCUCUCUCUCUCUCUCUCCCUCUCUCUCUGCCUCCCUCUCUCUCUGCCUCCCUCUUGUUCUCUCUCUCUCUUUGCAGUCUCCCCCUUUUCUGUCUUGCCCUCUCUCUCUUUCUCUCUCUGUAUCCCUCUCUCUUUCUCUCUGCCUCUCUCUCUUUCUCUCUCUACGUCCUUGUCUGACUCACUAACCCAUCUCUCUCUGUGUGUUUCAGCACAAUAAACCCCUCUACUCCUUUGAGGACAAUGCUGACUACGUCUAUGAUGUCAUGUGGUCCCCUGUGCACCCGGCUCUGUUUGCCGCCGUGGACGGGAUGGGCCGUCUGGAUCUGUGGAACCUCAACAAUGACACAGAGGUGACUGUGUGUUUGUAUGUGUGUGUUUGUGCGUGUGGGGUGUGUGUCGGUGUGUGUUAGACAGAGACAGAGAGAGAGAAACAUGUCUCAUGCUCUGUCACAGUAUUGUUCUGGCAUGUGUGCGUGUGUGCUUGUUUUGUGUGUGUAUCCGUAUGUGUGUCUGUGUGUGUGUGUGUGUGUAUUCGCCUGUGUUUGUGUGUGUGUGUGUGUGUGUGUAUUCGUCUGUGUGUGUGUGUGUAUUUGCCUGUGUUUGUGUGUGUGUGUGUAUUCGUCUGUGUGUGUGUGUGUGCUUGUUUGUGUGUGUGUGUGUGUAUUCGUGUGUGUGUGUGUGUGUGUAUUCGUCUGUGUGUGUGUGUGUGUUUGUCCCCAGGGCCUCUCUUGUUGGAGUGGAGCCGAACCAGACAGACCAACACCAGCAGUCCCAGCAGCUCUCUCUCAGUGUGGGCGUUCCCUUCCCCACAAGUUCUCCCUAAAUCAGACCGGUGACAUCUCCUCACCCCGCUCCCACCGAACGCCCCAUCAACGCUCCCACAACCAUCCCAUAACGCUCCCAUCUCCAAACCCUUCAAACAUUGGCUCCCACAACCAAUCCCUCCCACCAAACUCCCCAUCAACGCUCCCACAACCAUCCCAUAACGCUCCCAUCUCCAAACCCUUCAAACAUUGGCUCCCACAACCAAUCCCUCCCACCAAACUCCCCAUCAACGCUCCCACAACCAUCCCAUAACGCUCCCAUCUCCAAACCCUUCAAACAUUGGCUCCCACAACAAAUCCCUCCCACCAAACUCCCCAUCAACGCUCCCACAACCAUCCCAUAACGCUCCCAUCUCCAAACCCUUCAAACAUUGGCUCCCACAACCAAUCCCUCCCACCAAACUCCCCAUCAACGCUCCCACAACCAUCCCAUAACGCUCCCUUCUCCUCCCCGCCCCACUCAACCAUGUCACACCAGUACUCCCAUAACCAUCGAUUAACGCUCCUUUCUCUUCCCCGCCCCACUAAACAAUGUGAUUUCCACAACCAUCCCUUAAAGCUACUCCACCCCUAAACUCUUGGUGCCAGUAUGCUGCUUUUCUAGAUAGCCCAGUCCUUGGUUUUUUUCUCGCCUUGUUUGGCAAGAGUACAAUCACUAUGUAGCAUUGUUGAAUACACCCACAGUAUGACAUCUAGGCUACCCCACCCAUAGGUAGAAGGGGAAAAACUAAGGGGAUGUCCCUGAUCAGAAAACCAAAUUUCCAAAUAGGUUAAAAUUAGAUUAGGUUUAGAGGGUUAAGGUUAGGGUUAAGGUAAGGUUACGUUUUAGAGUUUGGCUAGUCGGUAUGUCAAUGGGAUGCUGGUCAGCAAUUGAAUCCCGGCCUUAGUCUCUCCCAGGUAGGAGGGUUCCCUCCAGUACUGUCCUGUCACAACAAACUAAACUAUCCUAAGGUGGAGUAACCAAAACACCGCCCCUCUCCCCCAGAGGCAUCGGCCCUCUGUCUACGUUGAGUUACCGAGGGGCGAGGAGGGGCGCGGGGGGCACGGAGUUCUCCCUUUCAUUGCUCAGGUCAAAGUAGAGAUGAAAGGGGCAACCGCUCCCUCUUUUGCCGUUUCCACGGAUACCGUGUCCACAGACCCUCCUCUCUAAUUAUAAAUCUGGUCUCUCUCUCCCUCUCUCCACCAUUCCUCGCUCCCAUUUUUAACCCUUACCCCUGACCCAGCUCUGUCAUAGGAGCUGUGACAUUUGGGCCUCUGGGUUUGCACUUUUGGGACUAUACCAUUGGUUCCAUUGCUUCGAUCAAGCACAGCUAGCUAAAGAUUUCCAAAACGAUUUGAACCCAGGUCUGAUGAACAGAGACCCUUUAACCCAGUCUCUUACAGGGACAGGCGACUGGGGAGGAGAGAGAUUGAGAUAAAGAUGUUCCUUCCUUCAGUCUAUCCAAGGUGCCAGCCCUUCAGCAACAGCAGGCUCUUCAGUGUAGUCUGGAGGAAGACUUCAUUAAGGAUGGAUUGACUUCUCCAACAAAGUGCUUUAUGAGAAACAUUUGGAGACACACACUCCCUCUCUUUCUCUCUCUCACACACACACACACACACACACACACACACACACACAGAGACAAUCUGAGAUAGAAGUUCACAAUGUUGCUAAUAGCAACAGUCCUCCAUUGUUAUGGACAUAUUAAAAACACACAGUCAUCAUAACGGCAUUAGCCUAGCGGUGGAGGGCCUGGUUCUCAUUUCCCCUUCACAAACACACAGCCAAUUUAAGCAGCUAGUCUGGUGGAAGCUUCCAGUCAGUCUAAUAGCAGCUAGUCUGGUGGAAGCUUCCAGUCAGUCUAAUAGCAGCUAGUCUGGUGGAAGCUUCCAGUCAGUCUAAUAGCAGCCAGUCUGUGGUUAUCCCUGCUCUGGAGCGGGGAAGCUGUCUUAUUAGCCGACGUGAUGCCGAUGCUUCUGUCUCCAACGACGACAUGUAUCAUAAACUAAUCCUGUCUGUCAUGUGCAAUAGUGCUUCAGCAGGCCCUGAUAGCAGACAUAAUCAUAUAUAGACUGGUCCCAGAUCUGAUUCUGCUUUAGCCAACCCCUCUGGCUGGACUGCAAUAGCUAAUGCACAUACUGAUCUGGGAUCAGGCUAUUACUCUGGGUAUGUGUCCCUAAUGGAACCCUAUGCCCUACACAUAGUGCACUACUAUGGGCCAUGGUCAAAAGUAGUGCCCUAUGUAGGGAAUAGGGUGCCAUUUGGGACUCAUCCUGAAUAAUCUGUGUUCAUUAGUCCUGAGCAGCCUAUGGCCCACAGGCUGUGGUGGGUAUUGUUUUAAUAGGUGCAGCGGAGGGUUUUAUGGAGAUUUAUGUGGCUCAUUAAAGGUUUCAUAUUGUUAUUUCACAUGGAGCUGAAGUAGACGUAGGUCUACUGGAUGAAGCCCCCAGUCUGUCUGAGAAUGUACUAAACAUGUACCAAUCUGCUGGUGCUAAUGUCAUUGUACUGUUACAGCUAUGAUUGAAACCUGAAAUAGUAGUACUGAGUUUUUCCUUGCCACUGUCACCAUUGCUUGCUCUCUGGCAGUUCAGGCUGUACCUUUAUGAAUAAGUAUGUUUUGUAUAACUGUAAUGUACUAUGUGGAUCGAAUUGGAUGGAUGGGUUGAUUGGCUGGUGUAACCCUGUGUGCCCCAGGUCCCCACAGCUAGUGUGACCAUCGAGGGAGCCUCUGCCCUAAACAGGGUGCGCUGGGGGUCGGGGGGCAAGGAGGUUGCCGUGGGUGACUCAGAGGGCCGUUUGUGGAUCUACGACGCAGGAGAGGUAUGAUAUGAACACUAUGACUGCGUAUCAAAUGGCAUCCUAUUCUAUAUAUAGUGCACUACUUUUGACCAGGGUCCAUAGGGUGCAUUGUGUAGGGAACAGGGUGCCAUAAGUGAACUUCACCUGCUCUGCCUUUCUUGAUCAGCAUUGUUUACAUCAGAGUGAGUUAGCAGAACACAUGUUUUCUUAGGAAUGUUAAUACCGGUACUACAUAAGAAACUCAGAAACACAGAACACAUGAACAAAUCACAUGAAUGUGUUUAUUUUUUGACAUUUUCAUGUCAGACACGUGGUUUUCGGACACGUGUGAAGUUUCAUGUUAAUUUUUCACGUUUUCCCAUCGUGAAUUGUUUAUUCUUCACCACUUCCAGCUUCAUCUGGUCUCCCAUCCAGGGACCGAACACUACUGACCCAGUGGGAUGCAGGGUGCUACAGUAUGUUGCUGGAAUGAAUGUGCCAAAACGUGCAACUGGCAGCCAAAGCAUAGGCCAGGGUAACAUAACAAAAGAUAGGGAAAAUUGCAGGAACGAGGGAGGUGUUUUAUUUAAUCGUGGUAUCAUAAAAAAGUAAUCACUGAAAACUAUUUUUUUGCAUCCAUUUACAAAACAUUUGUUCUCGCAUUUUGAAAUUAUUUCCUUGCAAUAUUUUGGGUUCAUAUUUUGCUUUCAAUAUCAUUAUUUUUGUUUGCAAUACUACUAAUUUUGUUCUCGACUUCAGAAGUUUUGCUUGAUAUUAAUGGCACAAAAGUAAAUCACUGGAGGAUUGCACCAUAUAAUAACACUAUUACUCUAUUAAAGGUGUUUAAAGCAGCAAUCCGUAAUUGAAAAAUUAACAAAGUGUACUGCCCGCCACAGUUUCAGUAAAAAGCUAAGGGAUGGGGCUGGAGAAAUGCAAAACCAUUCUCAAAUUCAUAGACAGAGCUAUGGAUGCAAGGACUAACCAUCCAUGAUAUCAAAAUUAUAGUUUUAACCAUUUGUUUAGGCUAUACAGUGGUUGUUGACAUUUACUUUGUUUACAAACAUUGGAGUAAAACCAGCUCAUAUUUUGGGUUCUGAUGGGGAAGGACAGUUGAACUAAGCUCAUGAGGCAUCUAUGUGUUAUAUUCUUCAAGAAUCAAUGGGUACAUAUCUAUACUUUACAAGUCCAAAAAUGGAUGUAGUAACUAAGGAUUGCCCCUUUAACAGGCAGUGACCUUCAUACAGCAGAACUAUGUCGCCAUUUGAACGUGAUUCAUUAACCUGCCCCCAAAAAAAAUUCUGUCCACUGUUCCGCGAAUUACUCGCAAAAUCUAAAACUAUUUUUAGAUGUGGUCACGUAAUUCCAACGGGGGAAACAUUGCUACUGCAACAUGUUAAUACAAUCUGUUCACAUGUGAGGAGAAUAACAUUAUUUCAAUCCCACAUGUGAUUCUGCAAUUCCACAUGUGAAAGUGAGAUUUUCACAGUUGGAGUUUUCUAACAUGUGAAACUGCAAAUUAGAUUUUCACGUGAUUGUUUUUCACAUGUGAACUUGCAAUUCCACAUGUGAAAGUGAGAUUUUCACGUGGCGUUUUCUUACAUGAGAAAGUGCAAAUUUGAUUUUCACAUGUGAUUGAUUUUCACAUAUGAUUGAUUUUCACGUGAACUUGCAAUUCCACAUGUGAAAGUUAGAUUUGUACAUGUGAAGUGGCAAAUGUGAUUUUUACAUGUGAAUGAUUUUCACGUGAAAGUUUUUAACAUUUGAAACCACAAAUUUCACAUGUGAUGUUUGUGUUGGUAUUUCUCCUCUAUCCCUUCUUUCUCCACAUGACUUUUACCUCCACCACAAAGUGGCCAACCUCCCUGAAUCCCAUGUUUGUAGGGUUCUUUUUGGGCUCUGGUUUGUGCCUUGUGUGUGUCUACUGUGUGGGGUGCCUUCUAAUUUGGGACGCAGACCCUCUCUCUCCCUCUCUCUCUCCCCCUCUCUCGAUCCCUCGCUCUCUCUCUCUCUCUCCCUCCCUCCCUCCCUCUCGCUUCCUCUCUCUCUCUCUCUCUCUCUCUCUCUCUCUCUCUCUCUCUCUCGCUCUCUCUCUCUCUCACUCCCCCUCUCUUUCUCCCUCUCUGUUGGUUGAUGGUAAUGGCGGCUCAUAAAUAAAGGCUCAAGUGUAAUUUGAAGGGUUUUCAUGUCCUGAAAGGACUGAAGCUAGCGAACACCGUAAAGAAAGAGCUAAAACUAGAAUGGAUUGGUCUAGCAACAAUGCAACAUGAUGGAAUGGUGGAGAGGCAAUUGUCCUGCUGAUCUGUACAGUCAUAUUCUGCAUCUCAAAUGGAACCCUAUUCCCUAUGUAGUGCACUACUUUUGAUCAUGGACCGUAGGAAUGUAGGGAAUAGGGUACCACAUUUGGGACGAAAUCAUAGUAGGCUGUUUAUGCCUCAAUGUUAUUAUUUUCAAUAUCAAUUAUAUCAUUAUAUUAUAAUGAUAUUACACCAGGUUGUUAUUAUAAAAUAUAAUUUGUUCUCAAUUACCUAGCUAAAAAAGGUUAAAUAGAUAUUCUGACAUUUUAAAAAAAUACCAAAAAUAUGAAAAAUGUAUGCACUCACUCACUAACUGUAAGUCGCUCUGGAUAAGAGUGUCUGAUAAAUGUCUAAAAUGUAAAAUGUAAAUACACUACAUGACCAAAAGUAUGUGGACACUUGCUCGUCGAACAUCUCAUUCCAAAAUCAUGGGCAUUAAUAUGGAGUUCGUCCCCCCUUUGCUGCUAUAACAGCCUCCACUCUUCUGGGAAGGCUUUCCACUAGAUGUUGGAACAUUGCUGCGGGGACUUGCUUCCAUUCAGCCACAAGAGCAUUAGUGAGGUCAGGCACUGAUGUUGGGCGAUUAGGCCUGGCUCGCUGUCGACGUUCCAAUUAAUCCCAAAGGUGUUCGAUGGGGUUGAGGUCAGGGCUCUGUGCAGGCCAGUCAAGUACUUCCACACCGAUCUUGACAAACCAUUUCUGUAUGGACCUUGCUUUGUGCACGGGGCCAUUGUCAUGCUGGAGCAAGAAAGGGCCUUCCCCAAACUGUUGCCACAAAGUUGGAAGCACAGAAUCGUCUAGAAUGUCACUGUAUGCUGUAGCGUUAAGAUUUCCCGUCACUGGAACUAAAGGGCCUAGCCCGAACCAUGAAAAACAGCCCCAGACCAUUAUUCCUUCUCCACAGUUGGCACUAUGCAUUGAGGCAGGUAGCGUUCUCCUGGCAUCCGCCAAACCCAGAUUAAUCCGUUGGUCUGCCAGAUGGUGAAGCGUGAUUCAUCACUCCAGAGAACGCGUUUCCACUGCUCCAGCGUCCAAUGGCAGCAAGCUUUACACCACUCCAGCUGACUCUUGGCAUUGCGCAUGGUGAUCUUAGGCAUGGAAACCCAUUUCGUGAAGCUCCCGACUAACAGUUCUUGUGCUGACGUUGCUUCCAGAGGCAGUUUGGAACUCGGUAGUGAGUGUUGCAACCGAGGACAGACUAUUUUUAUGCGCUACGCGCUUCAGCACUCGGCAGUCCCAUUCUGUGAGCUUGUGUGGCCUACCACUUUGCAGCUGAGCCGUUGUUGCUCCUAGACGUUUCCACUUCACAAUAACAGCACUUAUAGUUGACCGGGGCAGAUCUAUAUAGUGUAUAAUGAAGUAGUUUAUUAUCCUGAAUUAUAUUUUCAGAGAAUACAAAUAAAUGUCUCUGGUGUGUGAGAUGGAACAGUAAUAUGGAAUGGAUAUGUGGAUAGUUUCUUGUUGCUGGCUUUGUUUUGUGUUCUCAGAGGUUUUAUAGUUCAUGUUGCUUGACCUUGUUAAGUGCUCUGUAAAUACUUUAAUUGGCUUUCCCUGUAACCUAUAAUUUAUUGUAAUUCCCAUAAAAGCUUUACCCUGGGUGCCGGCCGGUUUCUGCUUUAGCCAACUCGACUUGUCAUCGUGUUGCCAAACGACGUAGCUAGCGCCAUUGAAUACAGAAACAAUCAAACAAUCAGCUUUAAUAUUGCAGCUAGAUUGUGGAUCCUAUCAAUGUAAUUAUCUGCAUAAUUUCCAAUAUUUUUGGGUAAAUAUUUUGAGAUUCUUCAAAUAGCCACCCUAUGCCUUGAUGACAGCUUUGCACACUCUUGGCAUUCUCUCAAUCAGAUUCAUGAGGUAGUCACCUCAUGCAUUUCAAUUAACAGGUGUGCCUUCUUAAAAGUUAAUUUGUGGAAUUUCUUUCCUUCUUAAUGCGUUUGAGCCAAUCAGGUGUGUUGUGACAAGGUAGGGGGGAUACGGAACAUUUCAAGAACUUUGAAAGUUUCUUCAAGUGCAGUCACAAAACCAUCAAGCACUAUGAUGAAACUGGCUCUCAUGAGGACCGCCACAGGAAAGGAACACCCAGAGUUACCUCUGCUGCAGAGGAUAAAUUCAUUAGAGUUAACUGCACCUCAGAAAUUGCAGCCCAAAUAAAUGCUUCACAGAGUUGAAGUAACAGACACAUCUCAACAUCAACUCUUCAGAGGAGACUGUGUGAAUCAGGCCUCCAUGUUCGAAUCGCUGCAAAGAAACCACUACUAAAGGACACCAAUAAGAAGAAGAGACUUGCUUGGGCCAAAAAACACAAGCAAUGGACAUUAGACCGGUGGAAAUCUGUCCUUUGGUCUGGAGUCCAAAUUGGAGAUUUUUGUUUUUUGUGAUACGCGGUGUGGGUGAAUGGAUGAUCUCCGCAUGUGUAGUUCCCACCAUAAAGCAUGGAGGAGGAGGUGUUAUGGUGUUGGGGUGCUUUGCUGGUGCCACUGUCUGUGAUUUAUUUCGAAUUCAAGGCGCACUUAACCAGCAUGGGUACCACAGCAUUCUGCAGUGAUACGCCAUCCCAUCUGAUAUGGGCUUAGUGGGACUAUCAUUAGUUUUUCAACAGGACAAUGACCCAACACACCUCCAGGCUGUGUAAGGGCUAUUUUACCAAGAAGGAGAGUGAUGGAGUGCUGCAUCAGAUGACCUGGCCUCCACAAUCCCCCGACCUCAACCCAAUUGAGAUGGUUUGGGAUGAGUCGGACCGCAGAGUGAUGGAAAAGCAGCCAACAAGUAUUCAGCAUAUGUGGGAACUCCUUCAAGACUGUUGGAAAAGCAUUCCAGGUGAAGCUGGUUGAGAGAAUGCCAAGAGUGUGCAAAGCUGUCAUCAAGGAAAAGGGUGGCUAUUUUUGGAAGAAUCUCAAAUAUAAAAUAUAUUUUGAUUUGUUUAACACUUUUUUGGUUACUACAUGAUUCCAUAUGUGUUAUUUCAUAGUUUUGAUGUCUUCACUAUUAUUCUACAAUGUAGAAAAUAGUCAAAAUAAAGAAAAACCCUUGAAGGAGUAGGUGUGUCCAAACUUUUGACUGGUACCGUAUAUAUUUUCCUUCUUUAUUAUUUUCCUUUAACCCUACCAUCCCUCUCCAUAAUUGGAGUAAACUAAUGGACAACAAUACUUAGGAUUCUACUUCCAGCUUAUACAGUGCAUUUGGAAAGUAUUUAGACCCCUUGACUUUUUCCACAUUUUGUUACAUUACAGCCUUAUUCUAAAAUGGAUUAAAAAAUAAUAAUUCCUCAUCAAACUAGACAUUUUUGCGUAGCAGAAAUACCUUAUUUACAUAAGUAUUCUGACCCUUUGCUAUGAGACUCGAAAUUGAGCUCAGGUGCAUCCUGUUUCCAUUGAUCAUCCUUGAGAUGUUUCUCCAACUUGAUUGGACAUGAUUUGGAAAAGCACACACCUGUCUAUAUAAGGUCCCACAGUUGACAGUGCAUGUCAGGGCAAAAACCAAGCCAUGAGGUUGAAGGAAUUGUCCGUAGAGCUUCGAGACAGGAUUGUGUCGAGUUACAGAUCUGGGGAAGGGUACCAAAACAUUUCUGCAGCAUUGAAGGUCCCCAAGAACACAGUGGCCUCCAUCAUUCUUAAAUGGAAGAGGUUUGGAACCACCAAGACUCUUCCUAGAGCUGGCCGUGCGGCCAAACUGAGCAAUCGGGGGAGAAGGGCCUUGGUCCUUGGUCCUUGAGUGGCCCAGCCAGAGCCUGGACUUGAUCCCGAUCGAACAUCUCUGAAAAUAGCUGUGCAGCGACGCUCACCAUCCAACCUGACAGAGCUUGAGAGAAUCUGCAGAGAAGAAUGGGAGAAACUCCCCAAAUACAGGUGUGCCAAGCUUGUAGCGUCAUACCCAAGAAGACUUGAGGCUGUAAUCGCUGCCAAAGGUGCUUCAACAAAGUACUGAGUAAAGAGUCUGAAUACUUAUGUAAAUGUGAUAUUUCCGUUUUUAUUUGUAAUACAUUUGCAGAAAAAUGUAAAAUCCUGUUUUUGCUUUUUCAUUAUGGGGUAUUGUGUGUAGAUUGACGAGGGGCGGGGGAAACAAUUUAAUCCAUUUUAGAAUAACUUAACAACAUUUGGAAAAAGUCAAGGGGUCUGAAUACUUUCCGAAUGCACUAUAAUAUACUAUAUACAUUUUACGGACGCAGUAUAUUUUACAUUAGUUAUCUCGUGUUUUUUUUUGUCCCUCACUUCAGCUCCCUUCAACCCCUCCCAUCUAUCUCUGAACACCAUCCAGUUUUGAUUUCUAGCUGCCAUAUAUUUUUCAACUGUGCUGUGAUGUUUCACAAAAGUUCUGAACCUUUCUAUUGUCAUAGUUUCUACAGAUUGUAAAUUAAAGAUAACUUUUUUUGCUAAGAGUAUUAUUAGAUUAUUGAUUGAUUUCCAAAUCACCCAGCAGUGCUAUUUGCAGCUCCAGGUAAAUGUUGCAAUUCUUCAGCCAUUCCUGAACCUGCGACCAAAAACAAGCUACAUAUGGGCAGUACCAAAACAAGUUAUCUAAUGAUCUGCAGAGCUGGGAUGGUUGUAUCCCCAAUAUAUAUAUAUAUAUAUAACAUUCUAUUGGUUGCAAGAAUUUCGUAUAAUCAUUUAAAUUGAAAAACUCUUAAGUUUUGAAUCCGGCGUUGUUUUUGUAUCAGUUCAUAAACCAUGUGCCAUGGAAUCGGUACAUCGAAAAUCUCUUCCAAACUGUCUAUUUUUUGGUCCUUAAAUUAAACUGGUAUACUUUUUUAUUUAUCACAAUUUUAUUUAACCGGUUUUGGUAAUUCAUGCAGGGCUGACAGACAAGUUCCUUACCUGCUCCCCCUUCCACUUGCCUCUUCCAUUUAUGCGGAAAUGCUGCAAUUAGUUGGUUGUAAUUUUGGAUAGAGCAGACAUUUCCAUAAAUGUUUGUUAGCUGCAUGUGUCACAACUCCACCAGUCCUAUUUAUGAUAUCAUUUACAAACAUGAUAAAUGUUUUCUUAUUUCAUCCACAUAUGUGUUUUUUUGUUCCUUAAGGCUAUAUAAAGCAGUGCAAUAUCCAAUCAUAGAUCUAUGUUGUACAAUAAUGACAUUACACAUUGUCCCUCUCUGGUUAAAUGCUCUUCAGUGCCAGGGCAGGUAAUGUCAGGCUUCAUCCUAAAUGGCACCCUAUUCCCUGUUUAGUGCACUACUAUGGGCUCAUGUUAAAAGUAGUGCACUAAAUAGGGAAUUGGGUGCCAUUUAGGAUGCAGACUAAGUGUAUUGAUGAUGAUUUCCCUGAGGAGGACCCCUGGUGUGCUUUAAAAGCUCUGAGGGUUUAAAAUGGCCGCUGUCCCCUCCCACCUCCUUAUUGCUGGUUAAUUAUAGCCUGCAGAGCGGUAACCGUGGUGACAGCCUGGGUGGCAGCUCCAGCAACCAACCAACCAAGUGACCUUUUCAUUUGACUUUCACAGCAGAGCUUCGCCAUGACAGGUUACUGGAGGUCACAGUCAUAAAAAACUUGUAACAAAUGAAACAAAGUUAUGUGGUUAACGCGUGUACAUUUCACUGACCAUUUACAUUACAUUUUUACAUUUUAGUCAUUUAGCAGACGCUCUUAUCCAGAGCGACUUACAGUUAGUGAAUACAUAUUUUUUUAGACAUUGACUAGAUUAACUUGAAACUUCAAGUAAAAGCUAAAAUUGAAUUUCUCGAUUCUUGAGGGACUUUUCGUACUGUGAAAUGUAAAUGUAUUGGACAGCAGAUGAGGAGACCAUAGAUUUAGACCAUGAACAGAAACAUACAUAUACUGGACUGUAUUUGCUCAUGAGGCUGAUAAACCAGCCAAUCUGAUCCUGACAAAGACUCAGUUAUUGGUCAAAACAUAAUCUAUUGUAUAGAAAAGAUGAUUGGGGAUAUCUACCAGUGUGAAGGUGGAUACAUUUAGUUUUUCUCUCUGUGGUUCCUCCCAGCUGGCAGUGCCCCACAGUGAGGACUGGGCACGCUUCGCCCGCACCCUGAUGGAGAUCAAGGCCAACCGGGCCGACGGCGAGGAGGAAGAGCCUGUGGAACUGACGCCAUAG